AUGACGCCGCAUUUACUGAGCAAGAAGAAGUUCUUUGCGGCUCUUGACCAGCUGGAUAACUCGGAACACCAUGAAGAACGCGAUGACGCCUAUGGGUUUCUUGUAACCCCCGCAGCCAAAGCAACCGACAACUUCAUUCCAACGAGUGUCACUACUUCUCCAGGGCACGUCUUACCUGUCCCAGCAGACUCGGGCUCUCGGUCUUCGUGUGAUAUGCAAAGCAAGAGAGAUGAGCCCAAACUUGCUGCUACAUGUCCCCCGGUGAUUGAAGUCAUGUCAGCUACCAGGACCAGAGGCCCUCCUGGAAAGAAAAGGAAGGCCAACAGUGCUAAGGUCGUACCGGAUGACCAACAGAUCUUCAAGGGAUUGAUCUUCUUCUUCUUCCCAAGCAACGACGUAUCGCCCUUCCGACGGUUGCGCAUUCAACGAGCCCAAGACUAUGGUGCACGAUGGAGUCGGAAUUGGGCACAUGAUAUUACUCAUGUGGUUUGUGACAAAUGCUUGCGCUCUAGCGAUCUCUUGAAAUACCUCAAACUUGAAUCGGUGCCAACAAAUGUUGUUCUUGUCAAUGAAUCCUACCCAUCCGAAUGCAUCCAAUUUCGUUCAAUUCUUAACCCCUCACAGCUCCGGUUUCGUGUCGACGAAAUCUUGGCCGCUGAGAUAGAUAAGGCCCCGACCGCAGCGCAGCCUUCGCCUGAUUCUUUGCCAUUGAAACGAUCACGGCGGGAGAAGGAGCAGUCUCCAGACCGGGACCCGUCUUCAAUCGGAGAAGCUACGCAUACCAUCCCUGAAAGCGAGCCAUCCACCAUACCACAAACCGCGUCUGAAAGCAUACCCGAUGCAGUGGCCACCGCGCAUAUCCAUGAGGCUGCUACCGAUGAGGCAGGCGAUCGAGGCUCCCGGGAGCGUGAUGCAUUGGAUGAUAUGAUAGAUGAGGCUAAGGCUACAAGUCACUUGGUAACAGCUCUCCCUUUGGAUCCGCUUGAGUCGCCGGUUGCUACAUUUGAUGCUGAGUCCGAUAUCGACACCUCGAGCUCAGAAAACGAGUCGACCCGAAAACAACGAAAAAUAGCGCCCCGAGAACACAAAGGCAAACCCGACUGGACCAAAGGUUUCGCCUGUAUGCAGGAAUUUGACCCAAGCAAGAAUCUUGACAACCCAAACAGCAGAACCAUAGAAGUUCUUCAGCAAAUGCUGGAGUACUAUACCAAGACUGCUGACCAGUGGCGAGUCAUUGCUUAUCGCAAAGCUAUCAACGCUUUGCGACAGCAACCGAAAAGAAUUACCACACGCGCACAGGCUCGGGCCAUCCCUGGCAUCGGAGAGCGGUUGGCUAACAAGAUCGAAGAAGUUGUCUUGACCAAUCGACUUCGUCGACUCGAUAAUACCACUGAUACGCGGGAAGAUUUGAUAAUUCAGGAAUUUCUCGGCGUUUACGGUGCUGGUCUUCUCCAGGCCUCUAAGUGGGUUGCUCAAGGCUACAGAUCUUUGAGUGACUUGCUAGAAAGAGCCCCCUUGAGUAAGCCGCAGCGCAUUGGAGUGGAACGCUACAGUGACUUCUCACAACGAAUCCCCCGCAAGGAGGUCGAAGCCCACGGUGCAGUCGUGCAAAAGGCGGUGCAGGGUGUGGACAGGGACAUGCAGGUGAUCAUCGGGGGCUCUUACCGCCGCGGGGCAGUCACCUGCGGAGACGUGGACUGCCUAAUCACCAAGCCAGGUGCCUCUUUGGAGCAAAUUCGCACCAUAAUGCUCGGUCUUGUUGUUCCCAAAUUGUUCAGUAGUGGCUUUUUGAAGGCCAGCCUUGCCGCCUCAUCACACCAAGAUGGGUCGAGGUGGCACGGCGCGUCGGCCCUACCAGGGACCAACCUGUGGCGUCGGAUCGAUCUGCUUUUUGUUCCUGAUGCGGAAAUCGGGGCCGCAUUGAUAUACUUUACAGGCAACGAUAUGUUUAACCGGAGUAUGAGGUUACUAGCGCGCAAGAAAGGCAUGUGCUUGAACCAAAAAGGUCUCUAUGCGGAUGUACUUCGGAGACAGCAGGUCAAACUGAAUGCCGGCAGACUGAUUGAGGGGCGCGAUGAACGUCGGAUCUUUGCUCUCCUGGGGGUCCCUUGGCGGCCUCCCGAGCAUCGGAUUUGUUGA